AGACAGAUAGAGCGGAAGAGAGAGAGACAGAGGUGUCUCUGUACAGAAACACUUUGGAACAGAAAUAGUUAAAGUUUCUAUUGGCCAUAGAGUUCGGAACCCGAACAACCAAAAGCCAAAGAAGUCUCAACCGACGGUUCCCUCCCUCUCUUUCUCUCCUUCACUCCCUCCCACACCGCUAAAACCCUUUUUCUCUCUUUUUUCAUCUCUCUUCCGCUCUCUUGUUUCUGUUCGUUUCCCAUUAUUUUCUCGUUGUCUGGAUUGGUUUUCGUUUUUUUUUUCUUUGCUUUUAUAACUGGUCCGGCCAUGUCGUCGUCCGGUGUAGUCCUGAGCAACUCAUGCAACGGUAGCCCACGACCCGCCGGCGGGGGUCCCACCACGACAAGGAGACGCGUGGCCGACCUCAUGAUUGACGCGGAGAGAUCCUCCAACUCCUCCGACUUGUUUGACCACGAAGGCGGUGAUGGCGACGACUCCAUCGGUGGGACACAUUUUCAGAACCUCCAUCACCACCAAUAUUACUUCCACCACCCCGUUAUAAGGUAUCUGCUGCUCCGCUCUCGGGCAUUCUUCUGCGUGCCCGACGCGUGGCUGCUUAAGAUUGAGAACGGGUUCAUUUGGACGGCGGUGAUGGCGCAGUCGUUGAGAUCGGGGAGGAACAUUGGCCGUAAGAUAUUCGGGUUUCUGAUGCUUUUGGCGGUCAUAUCGGUGUUCUUGAAGGUCUCGUUUACGAGUGGUAACGUUGAGGUGAGCGAGAAGAAGAUAGACAACGGGCUUUUGAUCAUACAGACUUUCAAAGAUGAUCGGGCAAUGGCUCAGCGCGCUGUCACCGAGACCCACACCGCCAUGCCCAAGCGGGUUCUCGAGAGGUUGUCUACUCCGGAAAUAUGGAUGAAGCCAAAUAGUGACAAUUUUUAUCAAUGCAUUGUUCGACCCCGGAACCGAAUCAGAGUGGGUACCGCAACAAAUGGCUAUCUUCUUGUUCACGCCAAUGGUGGAUUGAAUCAAAUGAGAACUGGAAUAUGUGAUAUGGUUGCUGUUGCUAAGAUAAUGAAUGCCACUCUGGUUCUUCCUUCGCUUGAUCACGAGUCAUUUUGGACAGAUCCAAGUGAUUUUAAAGAUAUCUUUGACUGGAGGCACUUCAUAGAAGUUCUAAAAGAUGAUAUAGAAAUAGUCGAGUACUUGCCAUCCAAGUAUGCAGCAGUCAAGCCCCUACCCAAGGCCCCCGUUUCCUGGUCUAAGGCUAGUUACUACAGGAGCGAGAUGCUUCCAUUGUUAAAAAAGCAUAAGGUGAUAAAGUUCACCCACACUGAUUCUCGACUGGUCAAUAAUGCCCUUGCUUCCUCCAUCCAGAAGCUCAGGUGCCGUGCCAAUUAUGAGGCUCUUCGAUACACAACAGAGAUUGAAGAUCUUGGGAAGAUUUUGGUUGAUAGAUUAAGGAACAAUAGCGAGCCAUAUAUUGCCUUGCAUCUAAGAUAUGAGAAAGACAUGCUUGCUUUCACUGGCUGCAGCCACAACCUUACCACAGAAGAGGCAGAGGAACUUAGGGCUAUGAGGUACAAUGUUAAGCAUUGGAAGGAGAAAGACAUAGAUAGCAACGAGCGGCGACUCCAAGGGGGAUGCCCAAUGUCCCCUAGAGAAGCAGCUCUUUUCCUUAAGGCCAUGGGUUACCCUUCCACUACAACUAUUUACAUAGUUGCAGGAGAGAUAUAUGGCACCAAUAGCAUGGCUGCAUUUCGCUCCGAGUAUCCUAAUGUAUUCUCUCAUUCAACUCUUGCAACAGAAGCAGAGUUAGAGCCCUUCAAUGCAUACCAAAAUCGCCUGGCCGCCUUGGAUUAUAUUGUGGCCCUUGAAAGUGAUGUCUUUGUUUAUACGUAUGAUGGAAAUAUGGCCAAGGCAGUGCAGGGACAUAGGAGGUUUGAAGGAUUUCGAAAGACUAUCAACCCUGACAGAUUAAAGUUCGUUAGACUGGUCGAUCAGCUCGAUGAGGGAGCAAUAUCUUGGGAAGAAUUUUCUUCUGAAGUUAAGAAGAUGCAUUCUGAUAGGCUCGGAGCACCAUAUGUUAGACAGCCAGGAGAGUCACCAAGGCUGGAGGAGAAUUUUUAUGCAAAUCCUUUUCCUGGUUGUGUCUGUAAUCAGUCUGAGGAGCAACUUACUAGACUGAAACUUGACCAGCGACGUCUUAAGGCUGCAGCACAAAGAUAGGGUUUCAGUUCGUUAAGAUUAUGUGGCUCAUAGAUUAAGACUGUUUGAUAACCAUUGCUCAAAGGCGGCUGAUGAGGGUUUUUUUGAAAUGAACUGAUUCUUCACCCUGUAUGGAAAACCAUAGCUGCCAACAGGGUCUUCAGUUUUGCAUCUCAUGAGAUUUGAAGAGACUCUAAGUUUUGGAUACCAGCUGAGGAGAACUUGCCAAAAGUUCAGGGAAGUGAGGCAACCAGAUUAGCUAAACUGGCACAGAGACAUCAUCUCUGUCAUACUUCAGAGUUAUAUAGUAUUGCAUUGAUUCGUUAUUUUUUUCUUGAUUCGGUUGUCAAUCUGUAGCCAAAUUGGGCACCAAAACGAACUUGAUAUGUAAUAUUUUUUGUUUAUAUAGUUCAACACAUACGUUGAUUUCCGCAUGUU